ACCGAGUAACUAUCAUUGAGGAAGUGAGUUCCCGUGCCACUGAAGCUGAGGUGCGGGCAAGUCAAGCUGAGGAAGUCAGAGAUGGGUUGACCACCUCCUUCGGUUAGGUUACUGCGGAUUGUGCAUGGAUGCGUGAGCACGGUAUCGCGCAUAUUAUGGAAACCAUACUUGACUCACCUGAGAACGCGACUGCAGUUGCUGAGAUGAACGAGCGUACACGUCAGGCUGGGUUCAAGGCUGGUUACAACAAAUGCCUUAGUGAUGUGACCCUGUUCGUUACUAGUAGACUUACUGAUGAACGAUCAGAGUUCCAUGGCGUAGAUACCGAAGCUGCUUACAUCAUUGCGGUGGAUGCGUAUAACAAACUUUCCAUUCCCAACCUUGAUGAUAUUGAGAAAUGUUUGGAGGCAGAAGAUUACGUGGAUCGUUUGCGCCUGCUGUUUGAUCCACCGGAGGAGGAUGAAGGAACUGGUGGUGCGAAGAAUGAUGCAGGCACUAGCGGUACAAAGGCAGAUUAG